CAGCAGGGAAGGCGGUGUGGACGAUGAUGGCGGAGGAGGAGUGGAUGAUGAUGGCGGAGGAGGCGGAGCAGCACGGACAGGCCGACAUGCUGCCAGUCGCCCCUCAUUAGGGCGCCGCUCCGUCUUGCUCCUGCAGAUCAAUGGUCGGCCUAAUGAAAGCCAAGCGCUGCCUCGGUGUGACACGCUGCGAGGAGGAGGGAGGGAG